UGACUGUAGAGGACAGGAGGGUUUAGUUCCACUUUAACCACUUGCCGACCCACCACAGUAAAUAUACUGUGACAGGGCUGGCACGGGCAGGCACAAUCUCAUACAUAUGUAAUUGGGCCUUCUCUGGGUUAGGAGCGCGCCCCUCCUGUGACCUUAAGCAAUGAUGUCAGGAAGUGACAUCUUGCUUACUACUGUUCAUGUGAUCACUGAUUGGCCAAUCAGUGAUCACAUGAUCGGGACCUCACACAGAGGUCCCGUACAGCGAUCGGUGUUCCGCUGUGUCCAGUGGACACAGCGGGCACUGGAUCGUGGU